UGGUGGGCUUUCCUGGCUGGAAGCUUUGGGUGCUGUAUAGAAAGCCAGCGAGCCUGACUCCAGGAGCGAGCUCAGUGGAAUUGAAUUUGCACGACCCUUUGCUUUACUCCCUCUCUGGAACUGCUGAGAGGCCUGGACACACUCUCAACCCUGCUGGGCCUGCUGGGAAGGGAAGCGUCACUUUCAGGCUGAAUAAGCCCCAAACCCAUGUGUGGUACUUGGGAAGGAGAACUUGGCCACCACUCAUGUCUGGCUUCUCUGCAUUGUGCCCCAGACGAAUAGUCCCUGCUGAGAAAGCAGUCUCUGCAAAAGAAAACCCCAAAUAAAGAGAAUGUGGGUAACUAGAGAGUAAAUGGCCACCCCUGCUUUAGUUGAGAAGAAGCCAGCGAAUUGGUGGAAUUAUUUUUUCCUUUACGAUGGCUCGAAGGUGAAGGAAGAAGGAGAUCCCACAAGAGCUGGCAUUUGUUAUUUUUAUCCUUCUCAGACUCUGCUGGACCAACAGGAGCUGCUCUGUGGGCAGAUCGCUGGCGUCGUGCGCUGCAUCUCGGAUAUUUCUGGCUCAGCUCCCACUCUCAUUCGUCUGCGGAAGCUCAAGUUCGCCAUCAAAGUGGACAGAGAUUACCUUUGGGUGCUGGGAUGUGCUGUGGAGCUCCCGGAUGUCAGCUGCACGCAGCUCCUGGACCAGCUCAUCGGAUACUUCCGCUUUUACAAUGGACCCAUUUCUCUGGCUUACAAGAGUCGCUCGCGGGACGAGCUCAGCUCCGAGUGGGAUGUCGUCAUCAAGCAGAUUCUGAACCACACCAACCAUCUCGACAAGAUCUUCAAUUCCCUCUGGACCCUGGACCCCACCAAGGUGGAACCCCUGCUGUUGCUGAAGGCCACCCUCAUCCUGCAGGCCUGCCAGCACUGCCCACACGUCCGAGCUGGCUGCAUCAUCUACCAGGGCCUGGUUGUCAGCACCCAGUUCGCCCCCUCCCUCACGGCUAAGGUCCUGCUUCGCCGGGAGCAGAAAUCACCUCCAAGAGGGCCUGCACUGCAGGAAGGAGGAAUGGAUCUCCCUGCCAACGUCCACAUCAUGCCUGUGUUCCUGACUCAAGCGGAAGCAGAAAGUCUCCAGGAAUUCCCAGGGGAGCCAAUGCCCAGCUCUCCUGCACCUGCAGCCAAACUCCAGGAGUGCAUGGCCCAGCACCUGUCUACAGACUCAAGCACAUCUGUCUUGGAGAAGUCGAUCCUGGACACGUCUGUCUCAGAAGAGACUUCCGCUGUCAGGCCCAAGGACUCCACAGCCUACACACUGGCAACCAUCACUCAGCCCAGUUCCCUGGAUGUGGCUCUGCUGAGUAUCAAGGAUAAGAACAACCUGUCUGACCCUGCUCCCAAGACCCUCCAGCCUUCAGGCACGUCUAGCACUGCACAGACCCCAGGACCCACGCUCGACUGCUCCUUGGCCAAGGAAUCUGACUUACCAGGGUGUGGAGGGGUGCUGGACCUGUCUAGAUCCCACUUUCAGGAGGUGCAGGACCAGGUGCCAUCCUCGGCCUAUUGUCCCGUCCCUUGUCUGAGCAUUCCUGAGGGAGGUGGCGCUGGCCCCAAGGAACCUGUUGUCAGUGACAGUGGCAUUCCAGAACCCCAUCCACCUGCAGCCAUGACAGACACGGCCAACAGGGAUCUCUCGUCCUACAACAGUACGGCCCCAGAGCCCCUUGAUAACUGUUGUCCUUCAGAAGAGCCCCUUCCUGCAGAACCAUGCCGGCCUCUGGCAUCUAGGGAGCAGCUCUCAGUGCAGGGUGAUGAGGAGGCUUGGGGGACCCUCCCAGGCACGGGCUUGGCUUCUCCAGCAUCCAUGGAGGACAGCCACUUUGCAGGGGGAAGUGAGGCGAGAUGGAAGGCAGCGCCCCCUGAAGGCCUGGUGCCCAUGUGCCUGUACACGCACUCUGUGAACAGCCUGCUGCUAGCCGUGGUUGCUGCGGAGUCACUGCAGGAAGAUGCGGCAGCCAUCCAGGAGGUGUACCACAGCAGCCUGGCAUCCCUGAAUGGACUGGAGGUACACCUGAAGGAGACACUGCCCGCUGCCACAGCCAUCGCCUCCAGCAGAGCCUACACCUUCGCUCACUACGACUGUGUCCGGAAUGUGCUGACUGCCCACCAGCCGCAGGCAACAACCUUCCAGGAACGCCAUUUCCUCCAGGCCGUCAACCUGAUGCACUCUGACUUCGCCCAGCUGCCCGCGCUGUCUGAGAUGACCGUGAGAAAUGCCUCCACGGCUGUCUAUGGCUGCCGAAGCCCCGCACAGGAGACCUACUUCCAGCAGCUGAACUCGGUAGUUCGGGGCUCCGGCUUCCCCAGCGCCCAGGACAGUGCCUUCAGCCUUCCGGGCAAAGCUAGGCAUCGACUACUGAAACACGGGGUGAACUUACUGUGA